AUGGCCUCCUCAACACAUGUACCCUUCGGGAUCCCCGAAAUACUCGAGAUGAUUCUCCUCAACCUGGACAUGCGCACACUCCUUUGCAUUCAACGAACAUGCCGCUCCUGGUGGAGCAUGAUCCGAGACUCGUUGCCUAUACAAAAAGCGCUAUAUUUUACACAUAUAGAAAAUACACCUGACCAGGACAAAGUGCAAAAUCCCUUAUUGGUAGAAGCAUUCCCAGCCCUUUUCAAACUUACCGACCCCGACAACCCGGAAGACGAUUAUGAGUACGAUAAACCCGCCCUCGCCACCUUCGACAUGAUGAAAAGUUCCUCCAAGCUAGCCGCGUAUCUACGACCAGAAGCAAGCUGGCGACGGAUGCUGGUCCAACAGCCCCCAGUGUGCAAAUUUGAGGUCUACAUCUACUCGACUAGUGGAUAUGGUUUCGCGCAUACAUCCUUUGAGGUUCCGGAAGACCCAAGAGGAUUUACAGAUGGCUUGCGCAUGGGUGACUUUUUUGAGGCGCUGGUGUUCGAUGACGAUGUCCCCUUUGCGACAUGUCGCCUGAAGCAUAUCAUAUGGUGGAAACGAAUCCCACAGCACGGCCUAUCAGUAUGGAAGGAGAUGGAACAUCUAACGGGAAAGACGGUCGAUUCUGAUAUCGUUGUCUCCCUCCGUUCCCAUAUUACUCAGUGCUAUGAUUCUGAUGACGAUGAGACACCAGAGGAUAUAAAGGCGAUGGAUCGGAUUAAAGCUGUGUACAGGGAGUUGGGGAUCCAGCCUAGGCGUUUGGGGAAGACCGAAGAAUGGAGCCAUUCCGACUGGUGGGAAUAG